AUGUUACGGCGCCCUACUUGGCAAUUGUGCCGUCGCUGGGGUACCCGUGCGUUAUCCACAAAAACAACGGACGGUCCUCUUACUGGCAUCACCGUUGUCAGCCUGGAACAAGCAAUCUCAGCACCGUUCUGCACCCGUCAACUCGCAGACCUCGGGGCACGAGUUAUCAAAAUCGAACGUCCUGGAGUGGGCGACUUUGCACGUCACUACGACACCCGCGUCAAUGGUCUUGCCUCGCACUUUGUCUGGACAAACCGAUCAAAGGAAAGCUUGGCCCUGGACGUCAAGAACCCACGCGACCACCGCGUGUUGAUGCGACUACUAGGCCGUGCCGAUGUUCUAGUCCAGAACCUAGCUCCUGGCGCAAGCGGUCGUCUUGGAUUGUCUUACGAGGUCCUGAAAGCCAACCACCCAUCAUUGAUCGUAUGCAACAUUUCUGGCUACGGCCCUGAUGGUCCUUACCGCGACAAGAAAGCCUAUGAUCUCCUAAUCCAAAGCGAAGCAGGGAUGUUAUCUGUGACAGGCACGGGUGCCAAACAGCCCGCCAAAGUCGGCAUCUCCAUUGCAGAUAUUGCAGCAGGCAGUUAUGCCUACUCGAACAUCCUCGCUGCGCUGUUCCGCCGUGAACGCGAUCCUAAGAAAUGUGGAUGCAACCUCAAUAUCUCCAUGUUAGAAAGUAUGGUUGAAUGGAUGGGAUUCCCGCUAUACUAUACGUAUGAGGGUGCACCGGGCCCGACGCCUGCCGGUGCUGCGCAUGCUGCUAUCUACCCGUAUGGUCCGUUUGAAACUGGGGAUGGGAAGAGUGUGAUGCUGGGAAUCCAGAAUGAGCGCGAAUGGGCGAGUUUCUGCGAUAAGGUCUUGGGGCAACCAGGACUCGCAAAAGAUGGGCGUUUCGUUAGUAAUUCGCUACGAGUGCAGAAUCGUGAUGCACUGAAGAUUAUUAUAUGCGAUGUGUUUGCGCUGCGGACGGCAGAAGACGUUCUUGCCCUUCUAGACAAAGCAUCUAUUGCAAACGCCAGCGUUAAUGAUAUGCAGGGUGUAUGGAAUCAUCCGCAGCUACAAGCAAGACAGCGCUGGACAGAGGUGCAGACGCCGUCGAGUGUGGUUCCUACGUUGUUGCCACCGGGAAUGGGAGCGGAUGCAGAUGGACUGAAUGCCCGGAUUGGAGCGGUGCCCAAUGUCGGGGAGCAUAACGAGGCUAUUCUGGCUGAAUUGGGAAUUGACGAUACUGAUUAG